AUGCAAUUGGCCCCGGUACUCUUCGUUCUCUUGAUCAGAACACUCGGCGUUUAUGCUGGUCGACAUUACGCCUCAGAAUACGCUUACACGGCCCCCAACGUCUCGUCUACCUACCCCGCUUCUACGUAUUGCUGCGGUGCACUUGAAGCAGCCGGGUUCGGCUCCAGGGUUGAAUAUGCCGGAGAAGAGAGGUACGAAGCAAGCAUCGAUUCGUACUGGUCCAACCUGGAGCAUCUUCAUCCGUGGUGCCUCAUUCAACCCCUCACCACUGAUGAAGUCUCCAAAAUCGUCGCGACUCUCGUCACCGCAAGCGAAAGCCAAGAGUGCCGAUUCGCUGUGCGCAGCGGUGGCCACACUACCUGGGCUGGAGCUGCGAACAUCGACGAUGGCGUCACCAUCGACCUGAGCUACAUGAACUCGACGACAUUCCACGCCGAAAACUCGACUGCUGCCAUUCAGGUCGGUGCCAGGUGGGAGUCUGUUUACGCUACUCUUGAUGCGCUCAACGUGUCUACACCCGGCGGUCGGUGCAACAAGCCAGGUGUGGGCGGGCUCGUCCUUGGGAGCGGCCUUUCUUACUUCAAUGCUCGUAAGGGCUUCGUGUGUGACAGUGUAGCCAAUUUCGAGGUUGUUCUCGCCAACGGAGACAUUGUCAACGCCAACAGUCAGCAUAAUCGAGACCUAUUCCAGGUUUUGAAGGGCGGGUCCAACAAUUUUGGCGUCGUUACGAGGGUGGACAUGGAAGUGUUUGACAAUCACGGAGAGCUUUGGGGAGGCCUUAUCCAAUACCCCAGCAGCACCAUGUCGCAGCACGCCAAAGCCUUCACGCACUUCACGGACAGCAUUGAGAGCGACCAAAAUGCGUCUACCAUCAUGUUCACCUCAUUCAACUCGGAAGAUGCGGGAGACGUGGCCAUUUUUGACGGCCAUGUCUACACCAAACCCGUGGCACGGCCACCCAUCUACGACGAGUACUAUGCAAUCCCUGGAAAAAUAUUCGACACCACUCGCAUCACCAACAUGUCGGACCUCGUAGCCGAGGUGCCCAUCGAAAACGGAUGGCGCCAGCUGAUGAUGACAUGUACGUUUCAGAACGACGAGCAGGUGCUGAGCAAAGCCAUGGAGCUCUUCACGCUCACCGCCAGAAAACUCAACGGCACGUCCGGCAAAUGGAACUUUGGGAACCAGUACCACCCGGUGCCCAAGGUCUACACUCAACACUCGAUCGAGAGGGGCGGCAACGUUCUCGGCCUGGAGCGGGCAUCAUCAAAUCUCGUCAUCAUGUUGACCUUGGUGCAAUGGGACGAGGCGGCCAAUGACGCGCGGUUCAUCGAGGCCAACGGGCGGCUCAUCGAUGACGUCGUCGCGUAUUCUCGUAGCGUGGACAAGGCCAACGAGUGGCUGUACCUGAACUACGCGUGGCGGACGCAGGACGUGCUGGCGAGCUACGGGCCGGAGAACGUGGCCAGAAUGCGCACGGCGUCUGCCAAGUACGAUCCGGCGGGCGUGUUCCAGCGGCUGGUGCCCGGCGGGUUCAAGCUCCCUCCGCUCCGCUCCCCCUCUGACGUUGGUCGGUGA